CAAGAACCACAUUACAGAGCGGUAGAGGCACACAUUGCUUGAGCAACCUGCUCUCUGGAACAAGCUGACAGAGCAUCUCUGCUGGGGUCCACCAGAACAGACACCAUGGACGAGUACGAUGACUAUGCAGAGUACAGUCUCUUCAAUGCUUCCAACGGCAGCAGCCAGGACCACAAACACUUCCUGCAGUUCAGCAGGUUCUUUCUGCCCUGCAUGUACGUGGUGGUGUUCAUCUGUGGCCUGGUGGGGAACUCGCUGGUGCUGGUCAUAUACGUCUUCUACCAGAAGCUGAAGAGCCUGACAGACGUGUUCCUGAUGAACCUGCCCUUGGCAGACCUGGUGUUUGUCUGCACUCUGCCCUUCUGGGCCUACGCAGGCAUCCAUGAGUGGGUCUUCGGCAACAUCAUGUGCAAGAUGCUGCUGGGCAUCUAUACUCUGAACUUCUACACGUCCAUGCUCAUCCUCACUUGCAUCACCAUGGACCGCUUCAUGGCGGUGGUUCGGGCCACCAAGGCCUACAAUCAGCAGGCCAAACGGAUGGCCUGGGGGAAGGUCAUCUGCUUGUCCAUCUGGGUGACCUCCCUGCUGGUUUCCUUGCCGCAGAUUAUCUAUGGCAAAGUUCAUUACCUCGACAAGGCCAUCUGUGGUUAUCAAAACGCGGAGAUUUCCAUCAUGGUCCUGGCCACCCAGAUGACCCUGGGGUUCUUCCUGCCACUGCUUGCCAUGAUUGUCUGCUACUCAGUCAUAAUCAAGACCCUGUUUCAGGCCCGAGGCUUCCAGAAGCACAAGUCUCUGAAGAUCAUCUUCCUGGUGGUGGUGGUGUUCCUGUUGACCCAGACGCCCUUCAACCUCGUGAAGCUCAUCCGCAGCACAAGCUGGGAGUACCACACCAUGACCAGCUUUCACUACGCUAUACUGGUGACCGAGGCCAUCGCCUACCUGCGUGCCUGCCUUAACCCUGUUCUCUAUGCCUUCGUAGGCUUGAAGUUUCGGAAGAACUUCUGUAAACUUGUGAAAGACGUUGGCUGCCUCCCUUACGUGGGGGUCUCUGAGGACACUUUCAGGACAACUUCAGCCUCUCACAAUGCAGAAGCCACCACCAUGUUCCAGAUGUAGGCCACGCUGGGCCUUGGAGAGGCUGCUCACGAAUUCACAGGAGCACAGCUGCAUCCUCUGGACGCCUGAAGGAAGGCUUUGUGCAUAGCACUCGCACAGGGAAGCUCCCGAACGCUGCAGCUGGGGCAGGUUUCUCGUCAGCCAUGGACAGAUUCUGCUCUCUUCUUUUACACUUGGCCUCAAGCUCAAGGGGAAGUCUGCAAACUGCAAGGGCUUUCCUUCCUCUACCCUGAGAAUACUGACACCAGCAAAUGAUUUGUGACUCUCAAGAUCCCAGCUCUCCUUCACUGGGACUGGGACUGAAGGCUGAACAGGGGGACAUGGCCAACAAAGGCCUUGAUGCAGGUGACAGUCUGGGCUCCCAAGUUCAGAAGAUUCUUCUGGCUACUGGGAAGCAGGGGAGAUCAGGGCAGCCAUGAAAACAAGUGCUGGCCCGUAUAAUUCAGACCCCAAUUACCAGGCACCGAUGGACAUAGGCUCAGGGACUGCCACACCUUGGGGAUUUGACUUUUACAUAGCAGAUGCUUUAUGUUUUCUUUAAUCCUGGAAGGACUAGCACCAGGGAAUACGAAUGGGCCAAGGCAAAUCAAGGUGGGCUAAGAAUUCCAGUGGGCGACAGGAUGCCAGAAAAUGUGCAAAGCAGAGUUUAAGACUGUCAUGAGUCUAAGCAGCACUUCUGAAAUAGAUUCCUGGUGGGUUUGCCCAUUUAAAAAUUGAACUAUGCAAUGCCACACACACUCACACACACAAACGCACACAUACAAAUCAUACAUAAAUGUAUAUAUAAUAUACACACAUUCAUAUCAA